GCAAGGUCGCGAUCGCUUGUCAUUGACUAUAAUCAUGAUAACGCGAAUUGUAUUAUAAUCAUGACACUUAAAACUUAGCUUGUUACGAAGCUUGUUUCUGUUUCCUGCUAUGAUGUAAUAGGAAUCGCCUCGUAAUGAUGUUGAAAUGAAACAAGAUGGCUACAUGGCCUAAUGAUAACGGUCUGUUCGGUAAUGUAAAAUUGGAAUGAAAAUAUUAUACAGGUUGAGGUAGUAGAUUAAAGUUUUUCGUUGUUGUCAAGAACAUGAAUUGAAUGAAGAAAUGGAAGUCAUUGCUCAGCAUAAAGAAUGAUAUGAAUUAAUCUGAAAAUCAUCACUCUCAUUGAUCGUCAAAGCCUUGGCCUGAUGUGACCACCUAACUCUUAGGUCAAGGGCAAGCUUCCAAAACAACUGUCAGGAACAAACUUAUUUUACUUCCAAAUGCCGAUUAAGAACAAAGAAGAUUAAUCCAGUGGAUAAACCAAAAUAUUUCCAUGAAAAUGUAUGGUUUCGGUACGAAUGACCAAAGCAGAAAUGGGACGAGGAAUUCUUUUCAGUUCCCAAAAUUUUUUGAGACAAUGCCUAUGGUGAGGACAAGUUUAAACGAUUGUUCCAGCAGAAUUUCUAAUGGGCUGGUUGGCAGUGGUUUCAAAGAAAACAUUAGCCUUGGAGAAGAUGCAUUUAAAAGAUUUAGUGAGUUUGAAGACUCGGAUUUGUCAGAUUUUCCAAGUAACCCAGCAAGUGAAACCAGUGGUAGCCCAGCCUCAUUAAGUACAGAACCAAACAACCAUAAUGCUGUCCAGUUGUUUCAGCAAGCGGUUCCAAGUCACUUGUUAAUUGUUGCUCUGCUUGAACACAUAUGCACCCUUUAUGACAACCAGCAUGAUAAAAGUGAUGAGCUAUUUCAAAUCCUAUGUCAACAGCUUUCAACAAUGAAGCUCAUCCCGGCUUUUGCAAUUCACGAUGAAUUCAAACUGAUCCGUAGCAAGUAUAGAAGUGCCUUAAAUGAUUUGAUGCAGUUUGCAGUUGCAACUACUCAAAAACAGCGAGAAACUGAAGUUGUUGAAAGGCCCUUGUCGUGGUAUUUAUCUGAAAGCUCGGUGAAGUCAAAGCGACAAGGAGGGAAUUCAGUCAUCCAUACCCCUUCAAGGUAUAGGGAGGAAUUUGAAGAGAUUGAUCAGCUUGGCGAGGGAGGCUUUGGGUCGGUUUUUGAAGCUGUGAACAAAUUAGAUGGGAAGCGGUAUGCUGUUAAAAAGGUUGUGCUUGAUCAGUUGAACCCAGUCGAAUGCUUGAAGACCCUCAGGGAGGCAAAGGUACUUGCCAACUUGGAUCAUCCCAAUAUUGUUCGCUAUCAUGUUGCUUGGUUAGAAUAUGCCAUAGCCGAAAAGAAAAAACGCUCUCAAGGUCAUUUGGAAGAUCUUGAAGUAUCGCAAGAGUCGUUGGGUUCGUCUCAGUAUUUGAGGCCACCGGAUGACCUAUCAGAAGCAAGUCUCUUCUGUUAUGAUGGUGAGAGCACUGCGCUGGAAAAAAGCGAUUCCCUGAUCUUUUUUGAGAGCGGAGGAGAAACGAAAAGCAAUUCAGACCAGAUGCACUUUGGGACUAAAGCUGACUCCUACGGUUUCAGUGGUGUACAAGUCAAUGUCAGAGAAGAAAUUAGAACUACCGACUUUGGUUUGCUGCAAAAGGGACACCUUAGUAACACUUUCUGCAAAAUUAAAGACACAAUUACCAGUAAAACAGCAUUUCAUUGUCGAAAACGCAUGCUGACUGCAAACCCUGAUUUCAGAGCUUCUGAUAAAAGCGAUAAUCUAGCUGUCGUAAGGCGAUUAUCGCCCCAAACCUCUGGAUUCCAGGACGACCUUUCCACCAUUGCAAUUGUUAUGCAUAUACAAAUGGAAUUGUGCUCAAUAACAUUGAAACAUUGGUUAACUGACAGAAACGAAACAAUUUCAGAUCAUGGUGGACAAGUUGAUUGGAGUAACAACUUGAGAAUCUUUGAGCAGAUAUUGCACGGGAUUGACUACAUUCAUCGACAGAGCCUCAUGCAUCGAGAUUUGAAACCCUGCAACGUGUUCCUGAAUCAGAGGGAUUGUUCAGGAGACAUCGGGGUUAAAAUUGGAGAUUUUGGUUUGGCCCGCGAUGCAGUUUUCAACCCAAUGGACCGUGAAAGAAGAAACGCGUUAAUUGAACUGUUUGAUUCGGAUAACGGACAGUUGGCGACGAAAGGGGUUGGUACCAUAACGUAUGCAGCACCUGAACAAUUAGAAACUAAUACAUACACCAAAAAGGCCGAUAUUUAUAGCUUAGGUAUAAUUCUAUUUGAAUUGUUCAUGCCGUUCAAGACCGCCAUGGAGAGACACGAAUUGUUUAGAGGCCUACGCAAAGGAGAUCUGCCUUGCCAAAUUAUGGAGAGAUGGCCACAAGUGGGCGAUUUAAUCUUGAAGAUGACCGAGCCCAGCCCAUGGAAGAGACCAGAUGCACGUGCAAUUUUGAAAAUGCCGCUUUUCCAAGACAAGGACAAUAUAAUUUCCUUUCUUCGCUUUGACUUGCAAGAGAGAGACAAAGAAAUAGAACGUCUAAAGAGAGCGUUGCGGGAUAUGGAACUGAAGGCUAGUGGCGCAAAGAGACCUUAGAAUAAUCACAAGCAGAUAUAAGGAAAGUGCUUUCAUUUGUCUGUUUGUGGUUAUGAAGCCAUGGUGACUGUGAAGUUUGAUUGUGUAUCACUGGUGAAAGACGGCAAGAAAUGUUUUGAUAACAAAUUAGGAAUUUUUAACGUUGUUGUUUAAUAUUUGUAACAUAUUGAAUAUUUAUGCAAGCAAUUUAAUACAUGCCAACACAAAUGUAUGACCAAGAAUUUAUUUUUUACAUGAAUUUACAAUUUGAAGAUCUAAAUUUAUUCAUAUAUGCGCUGUUCCAGGCCCACCAGUGACUCAAUUUUGACUUCAGAUUGUUUACACGAAUGCAGUACGAAAGCAUACCUUAAUGUUUUCCCCUUUUUAUGGAGACAGUGAUGCUUAGACUGUGUCGAGGUAUCAGAUGCUGUAAAGAUCUAAUAAAAACCUUCUUACCACCUACUGACGGUACCUGAACCAUGGCCAUUCUGCAGUUACCAUCCCUGCCUUCUAUCAGUUCAACAACUUUGCAAAUCUUCCAAAUUCCAUGUUUCUUUUGGCUACACUUCAACAAAACAAUCUCAUUAACAUUAUUUUUUACUUUAUCUGAGUUUUGCCUUUGCCUCUGAGAGGGAAGUUUAGUUUGACAAAGACGUUUGGGCUAUUAAAGAAAUUGAAGAAAACUCAAUUAAAGAAAGAAAAAUCAUUGUGCUCUUACCACUUCAAAUUUCCAUAAUUCCAUUUGAAACUGUUAGAAAGCAUUUCAUUUUGAUAAAAGAAGUCUUCCUCUGCGAGAAGAGAAUGUUUAUUUAUGGAGAACAAUUUUUGUAAAAAAGCAAACCUCGAACAUUUUGCCAAGAAAUAUUUAUAAAUUGCCAAAAAAUAACUGUGUUUUAACCAAUUCUGAAUCUCCCGUUUGGGAAAACAAGAAAUCAUUUUAAUUUGAUAGGAAAAUCUAUCUUUGGCGAGAUAAGAUUGUUUUGCUAUGGAGGUCAGUAUUUGCAUAAAGUAAAGAAGUUGCAAAAUUGUUAAUUUAUUGAAAUGCAGUCUCUAAUCCGAGACAAUUUUUUAUGUAUCUAAUUUUGUUUACUUGGCUCCUACAACAGUUCGAUGAUCUUAGGAAACUUUUGGCUAAAAAUUACCAUUUUGAGGAAAAAACGAUUUGAUAUCCUGAAACGUUAUAAAAAUCACCAAUAGGUAUUACAGAUUGUCGCCCUUUAAGGAGCUUUAUAUAGACCAACUUUCCAAAACAAAUACGGUUUUGGUACAGUAGUAAAGUAGUGAUAGUGCCUGUUUGAGAGGACACUUGGAGGGUGAGGUAAGUUGCCGGUUGUUCAUCACCUUGUCUUCACCCGACUCAUAGCUGGGCA